GUCCUCCUGGGAGACCCACCCACUGAUGUUAUGUAGCAGCAGUGCUUUCACUGGAGCAAGCAUCCAGACGCACUCCAGAGACAGAGACAGAGAGGGAGAGGCUGUGGCUGACUGGGUGUGGCUGGAGAGAAGAGGAGAGGAGAGACAUGAGCGGCGGAGCGGGGGCGGCGGCGGCGGUGAGCAGGUUCAUCAAGUGCGUGGCCGUGGGCGACGGCGCCGUGGGCAAGACCUGCAUGCUCAUCUGCUACACCUGCAACAAGUUCCCCACCGACUACAUCCCCACAGUGUUCGACAACUUCAGCGCCAAUGUCUCCGUGGACGGCAGCAUCGUCAACCUCGGCCUCUGGGACACCGCAGGUCAGGAGGAUUACAGCAGGCUGAGGCCUCUGAGCUACAGGGGAGCCGAUGUCUUCAUCCUCUCCUUCUCCCUCACCAGCAGAGCAAGCUAUGAGAAUGUGCACAAGAAGUGGAUGCCGGAGCUUCGCCGGUACGCCCCCGGCAUUCCUGUACUACUUGUUGGAACCAAGUUGGAUCUCCGAGAAGAUAGAGCAUAUCUUGCUGAUCAUGCAGCUGAUUCCAUCAUAACAACUGAGCAGGGUGAGGAGCUUCGGAGACAAAUAGGUGCGGUGGCAUACAUAGAAUGCAGCUCCAAGACACAAAGGAACAUUAAGGCUGUUUUCGACACCGCAAUCAAGGCAGUUCUUCAACCUCAAAGGCACAAGGAGGUAGCCAGAAAGGAAAUUCGGACUCGCUCUAGUCGGUCAGUAAGGCGCUACUUCUGCGGGAGUGUUUGCUUAGCAUAGUCGAGAACAACAUUGUGGGGUCUUUCCUCGACAUGGGAUAGACAGUGAUGGUAGAAGCAUCUCAUUGCUAGCACCUAGACGGAACUACUAGUUCUCUCGUGCACUGUGGUGUGGACUGUGGAGCACCCUGAAUCCUUGAUGAUGUAAGAUAGGCAUCAAGUUUUGCCUCUGUAAUAAGGCAUGCUCUUGUGGAUGAUCAAAUUUGAAAUCUCCCACUCCUUGGGCAGGCUUGAAAA